AUGGAGAGUAUGCCGCUCACACUCUUCUUGAUGGCUAUUUUGUUAAAUGCUACAACUCUAAGUGGAGUGAAACUUCUUGUUCAUGACUACUACGAGGAGAAGUGUCCCAUAGCCGAAGACAUCGUGAGACAUAACGUGGAGGUGGCACUUUUGAACAAUCCUCGGAGGAAGGAUUCUCUGGAGUCAAGUUUCAGUGGAGCUAACCUUUUCAUUCCUGCUCCAAAUUCCUCUCUAGAGGUUGUCAUAGAUAACUUUAAGCAACAAGGCCUUGACAUAGAAGACUUGGUAACUUUAUCAGGUAACCAUACUAUAGGAAGAGCAAGAUGUCUAAACUUCAGGCAGAGGAUAUAUGAAGCAGAAGAUGAAUAUCACCAUGUCAAUGAUCGCUACAAGCGGUACACAACCUUCAGGAGAAUUCUGCGGUUCAUUUGCCCUGUUGAGGUUGAGGGAAGGGACAACAAAUUUGCACCCCUUGAUUUGCAGACCCCAAAAAGGUUUGACAACCAGUAUUUUAUAAACAUUCUUCUUUAAUAAUUCCAAGUGCUUCGAAAUAAGACCAACGAUCUGGAUCAACUCCUAUUAUGACGUGUUCCUCUCCGCCAACAUACCUCAGCCCCUUAUCAUUAACAAACCUACCCAUGUGAUGCAAACGGAUUUCAAACACCAUUUCUAACCUACAUUCAGACAUUUACACUUUAAGACUUUAAUCCCAAAAUGGACACACCCACCAACAAUGACAAACGAAAUAGGAAGAAAACUUACCUUGAUAAAAACCGCGAGAACACUAUGAUGCUUCGAGAACGAACCUUCGACAACGAACCUUCAACAACGAACCUUCGACAACGAAAACGAAACUUCCAGAACGAACACCAAAAUGAAACUUCCAGAACGAACACCAAAAUGGAAUUCCAAUUGCAAAAACCCAAUUUGACACUUAAAAACCUAAGUGAUUAUGUAAUCCCAAUCCUAAUUCAUCUGGUAACUUCCCACACGUGCAAACCAAAAACCUCAUCCAAAAUAACUUAAAAUAAAACUACGUGGCAUGCAGUGGACAGUGGUGACGUGGCUGUGCCGUUACCAACAUCUCCAA